AUGGGGGACGAGGAACGGAAAACGUGCUUCGAGUUGGCCAUCCAGAAUGUGCAAUGUGGAGCGGGGAUGGGGCUCUUGUUCGGCGCCGUUCAGGAGUCCUUCAAGAACCCCCCGCAGCCUAGACCAACGGACAAGGUAGUAUUGAACCCUCCCAAGAGCGACGUGAUGGCCAAGGCAAUGUCGUCCAUGGGGAGGCAGGCGUUCAUGAUGGCGGCCGUGGCUGUGGUCUACAGCGCUGGAGAGUGCGGAUCGGAGUAUGUCCGGGGCAAGGACGACGCGGUCAACUCCGCCGUAGGGGCGUGCAUGGCUGCCGGCGCGGCGGGAUUGAAGACUGGAAAGAUCUCCCACGCGUGCGCGGGGUGUCUGGGGGGUGCGGUGAUCAUGUCCGCCGUUAGACUUGGCACCGACAUCAACGGCAGCAAGUCCUUGGACCGGGCCCGACUCGACGCCAAGCGGGCGGGCAAGCGCGAGAAGCUCGAGGGCGUAUAGACGACAACAAUGACUUUAGGAGCUGGAAAGGUCGGGCCGUUGGGGACAGGAAGUGCUCCAGCACCGACAGGGGGGAGAUUGGGGGGCGUGGGGAAAACAGAUCGUUCGCGUACGUGAAGAGCGUGGGUCAAUUUCGGCCGGUUCAACAACUGGGGGAGUUUUGACGGGCUUUUUUUUUUGUCUUUCCUGCGGGCGCUUGAGAACGCUGCGGACUUGCCCAGGGUGGGUGCAUCGGCAAAUGGUCCCCCGCUGAUGCGGGCAUGAUCAUACCUGGGUGUACGGACACCCAGUCAGCGGGUGC